AUGCUAGAGGCUGUCCAACUGCCCUGGUGGUGGCAGGAGCUCUCUGAAGUGUCUACGGUAGCCUCUCUGGCAAUAACCGUAUAUGCUAUUACUAUGCACCUUCUCAAUUACAGAAAACCAUAUGAACAAAGACUGGUGGUGAGGAUUCAGCUGAUUGUGCCUGUAUUUGCCUUCACGAGUCUUGUGGCCAUCAAAUCACCUGAAUUCUGUCAGAUUUACUUGGAUCCAGUUAGAGAAGUCUACGAAGCAUUCGUGAUCUAUACGUUCUUUUCACUGUUAGUUUUGGUACUUGGAGGUGAACAUCGAAUAAUUACAGAGAUAUGUUUGACUCAUAGACCGUCUACACAUGCGAUCCCUUUUUUAGGUCAAUAUUUGGGCAAGAUUGAUUUAUCGUAUCCGGAGGAUUUCCUUAUGGUGAAAAGAGGCAUAUUACAAUACGUUUGGUUCAAGCCCUUUUAUUGCAUUGGUAACUUAUUAUGUUUGAUUUACGAUUUCCCCAAUUUAAAUUUUGCACUGGUAAUAACUUACAACAUUUCAGUUACAUGGUCACUUUAUAAUUUAGCCGUAUUUUGGAGAUGUCUUUACAAGGAUUUGAGACCUUUCAAUCCAUGGGGUAAAUUUUUAUGUGUUAAAGUUGUAAUAUUUGCGUCUUAUUGGCAAUCAAUGGUUAUUAUGAUUUUAGAUUCAAGAGAUAUUCUUAAUGGCGGUAGCGCUGGAUUUGUCUACCAAAAUGGUUUAUUGUGCGUAGAGAUGAUUGUAUUUGCUAUUUUACAUCUAAUUACAUUCCCCUGGAACGAAUAUUCCCCUUCUAUGAUGCCAGAGUGUGGUAGAAUGAAUUAUAUUUAUGCAAUUAGAGAUUGCUUUGGUGGGCGUGAUUUGAAAUGGGAUUUUGGCCAAACUAUGAGGGGCCAUUCCUAUUAUAACUGUAGGAAUUUUGAUCCUACAGCUGAAAGCGCAUUAAUUGCGAAAGCAGACGCAGAUUCUAGAUUACGUAGGAUCACACAGGGAUUGAGGUUUGAAAACCAAGGUCAGGGUAGACAUUGGAUUGGAUAUGGUAGUACAGACGAUAAUAGUAGCUGUAGUAUUAGGAGUGAAAGGAGUGAAAGGGGACGAUCACCACUGAGAGAAGAACCAUGGGAUGAUUCUAUUGCAACUCACAAGUAUUUACCGACAGAUCCAAAUUAUCCGGUUUCUGCUGAUUUAUCUACAAGGCAUCGUAAUAGUCGAAGCAUGAGAGAUUUAAGAAGGGAUAUCAAUAGCAGAGCCUCUGUAAUAUGA